AUGGCAAACAUAAGUGACAUAACUCUAGACACCAUCGAGUCUUUGAAUGACUCCGUGGAGGCCUUUGAUAUUUGCGAUCGUUUUGAGAUAUACUCUUACGACAUUGAAGAUCUACAGGAUCUAAAAGAAAGGCUUCGCUUACAUUUCGAGGCAGAACACUCUAAAGUUCCCAGAUUGGAAAAGGCUGCUGAUGUUUUCGCUGAGCUACGAGAGAAUGAUACGCAAAGACGAAAUGCACUUCAGUCGAUCUUUAAAACCAUUAAGGAGUCCCUACCAUUACUUGACUUGAGCAUCUUAAAGAGACUGGAAGCUGAGAAUGUUGUAUCUGAGAGCGCAGACACAAACGUGCGUAAAAGGAUCACCAUGCUCGAAACUGGUAACCGUCCAAUACUUGUAGCAGGCGAAACUUCUUCGGGGAAGAGCACGCUUUUGAACCUUCUCCUUGGCAAAAAGAUCCUACCGGAAGCCCAUUUAAGCUGCACAGCAGCGAUCACAAGAAUAAAGUAUGGAGAAGAACCUAGAAGUGGUGUGUAUAUCAUCGACAGCCCUGGUAUUGGCGAGAGUGGUGUCAUGGAUGACGUGGUUCUUCACUUCAUCGCCAACAAUGACGUCUUUGCCUUCAUUUAUGUCAUUAUGACUGAUAAGUCAGGCGGAGUACAAGAAGAUAGGCUCCAAAAAUUGCUGCGGCAACUUCAAGAUAUGAAAGAUACUGCUGGAGAGCCAAUAUUUGACCCUGGCUGUGCCAUUUUUGUCUGCAACCGCUGGGAUCUGGUGCCAGAGGACGCAAGGGAAAAGGCUUUAGAGAAUGUACGUUUGGCAGUGAGUGAGGGCUGGAAACGGCCCAUGGAUUCAUCAAAGCAGAUAUUUACCCUUUCUGCUAAAAUGGCGUGGCAGCACAGUCAGGCUGGGUACAUGACUCACGACUACAGGCGGCUGGUCAGAGGCAUCAAGGCCCUGAUUCCAGUGAGUUUGCAAAGAAGGACAGAGCAUGUGCAACGAUGGGGCAAACAUAUGGUAGAGCGCACCAUAGAUUAUGCCCAGCAGUAUCUUCAUUCUGCCAAUUUGACUAGGGAUGAACUUGAGGCUCAGCACAACUCGCAAAAGGAACGGUUGGACAGACUUGAGAAAAAGUCGGAAGAUAUUUUGAAAAAACUAGAGGGCCACCUUUAUAAAGAAUGUGAAACCAUUACUGAUUCUUUAUCUAAAUAUCUUAGCAGCGAUCCUGUCUGUGCUCGAGUUACCUCUUGGACCAAUGCCGAAGCUCCUUAUGGGAUUGGUUGGAACUAUUUAGAAGGUAGAAUAGAAGAUGCAAUUUGUAAAAGAAUCAUUGAUGCCAUCAGCUCUUGGGAAACGGAGCAAAAACAUUUUGAAACCCUGAAAAAGGACUUGUUUAAGAAAUUCACUGAAAAAUUCCAGUUAAUUGAAUCUGAGCUGCGUAUGAUUGAAAACAUGCUGGAGAGGUCCUCGGAAACAGAUUCCAGGAAAAGUGAAGAUUUGGCAGCCUAUAUGGAAUUGCAAGACUUAAUGGACAAUGAGGUGAACAAAAUGUCGAUUGUAGACUUAAAACUAGGUGAAAAAAUUGCACUCGGUUUAUUUUCACCAAUCAUUUUACCCAUUGGUGCGUUGGGUAUGCUUCUCGCGUCACCGGCAUUUCUUUUUGUUGACGUAAAAAAACAUGUAAGGAAGAGGAAAGAGAAACAAAUCUUAAAGCAAUAUGACCAGAAGAAAUGUGAAUUUCUUCGAGACAGAUCAUCCGAGGCUUUGAAAAUAAUGGCUAAGCGUGAUGUUACAAAGGCCUAUGUCGAUGCUCAACUCCAAGAGGCCAGGGACCAUCUACAGAUGAUGCGCGAGUCCAUUCCACAGCUUAUAUCAUCAACACGAGACUACAUGCAGACCAUUAAAGAAGACCAACGGUCUAAGGAGCAGCUGAUCGCCACCUAUGAUCCUGUCGUCAAGAAGUUUACCAGAGUUAACCGUGCGCUGGAAGAUUUUGCUAUUACACAUCUUUUCUCGGAACUGGACUGA